UCCAUCCAGGUUCCUGGUGUCCUUUUUGAAAUCAUAAUAAUAAUAACAAAAAUAAACUAAACAUGGCAUCUGGAGCUGCCAGUCUCGCCUCCGCCAUCGCCAGCAAAACCAAAACCAAGAAAAAGCACUUCAUGCCGCAGAAGAAGAAGCUUUUCCGCUCCAGCGACCCUCUUCUCAGCGUCCUGAUGUGGGGAGUCAACCACUCGAUAAACAACCUUAGUCACAUUCAGAUCCCUGUGAUGCUGAUGCCCGAUGACUUCAAAGCCAACUCCAAGAUCAAAGUGGACAAUCACCUGUUCAACAAAGAGAAUAUGCCAAGCCAUUUCAAGUUCAAAGAGUACUGUCCUCUUGUCUUCCGAAAUCUGAGGGAGAGAUUUGCCAUCGAUGAUCAGGAAUAUCAGAACUCUCUGACACGAAGCGCGCCGAUCCCGAGCGACGCCCAGGGCCGCAGCGGUGCGCGCUUUCACACCUCCUAUAACAAGAAGUACGUCAUCAAGAUCAUCACCAGUGAAGAUGUGGCUGAGAUGCACAACAUCCUGAAGAAGUAUCAUCAGUAUAUAGUGGAGUGCCAUGGCAACACACUGCUGCCUCAGUUCCUGGGCAUGUACCGCCUCACGGUGGACGGAGACGAGACGUACAUGCUCGUCACGCGCAACGUGUUCAGCCCUCGUCUGCCUGUGCACAAAAAAUACGACCUGAAGGGAUCCACAGUGUCCAGAGAGGCUAGCGACAAAGAAAAGCAGCCACGCCCACCUGAAGACGGGGCUCCGGCCAAAUCGCGCAUGAGCCAAAAACUCCAAACCAUUCGGAUCGCCACACGCUUUUACUGCGCCAUCAGACACACUAAGGAACUUCCAACAUACAAAGACAAUGACUUCAUCAACGACGGACAGAAGAUCUGUAUAGAUGAAGAGAACAAGAAGAUGUUCCUGGAGAAGCUCAAGAAUGACGUGGAGUUCCUAGCUCAGCUAAAGCUAAUGGACUACAGCCUGCUAGUUGGGCUCCAUGACGUGGAGCGCGGGGAGCAGGAGCAGCCAGAGGAGGAGGUCGAGGAGAACGAAGGAGGAGAGGAGGAGGGAGCCGAGAGCGACGGGGGAGUGACCGGGUCGCCACCCGAGAGUCCCAGCAACACCCUCGACAGCAACAGGCCACUCGGGCCAGGAGAGUUCGAUCCCAGCGUGGACGUCUACGCGAUACGCAGUCACGAGAACACCCCGAAAAAAGAAGUGUACUUUAUGGCAAUAAUCGACAUCCUAACACCAUACGACGCCAAGAAGAAAGCCGCUCACGCAGCUAAGACAGUGAAGCACGGGGCUGGAGCUGAAAUCUCAACGGUCAAUCCGGAGCAAUAUUCCAAAAGGUUUUACGACUUCAUCACCACCAUUCUGUCCUAACCGUUGCCUGAGGUCAGUCUCAGGACCUUGAAUUCAAGCCUCCGACCCAUUGAGAGGAUUUAAACGGGAUCUUUUGACACAUGCUCGAACUAUUCUGUUUACAGUUGUUGUUUUUGUGUGUGUGUGUUUUUUUUUUUAUUAAAAUACAUGAAUAAAUAGGUUUGUGGCUAUGGAUGGACAUGUUAUACUGUGCAGUACAUCUAUCUGUAUUAGAUAUUGUUGAUCGGGAUGUUGAAUGGUGUUACUGUGUGUUUGUUUAUGUGGAAACCUCAAAGCUGCUUUUUUUUUCUCUUAUUCUGUCUCUGUUUAAUGCAAGAAGACAUCAGACAAAGACAUUUUUUGAGCCUGGGUUAAGCAUUGUUUUAGACCAAGGCUGCUUUCACACUUUUUCCACUCUGUAACCAUAGCAACGCUCCUGGCUAGUAUCGCCUUGCUUGCACGCUAGAUUGGAAUGUGGUGGCUUUAACCACAUUUCAAAACUGUUGUCUUGAAUUGAGAUUUUGGACAGUUAUUGUGACAUCACAUGUCCUGAUCAACUACGCAACUAAUAGAUUUAGAGCGAUAUUUAAGAAUCACCUGGAACUCCACUAAGAACCAUUCCAAAAACAGUCAGGAUUU